CUACAGUAUCUAGUGGUCCAUUACCUCCUGUGAGCACUAGCCUUUCACAGUCUGCUUAUCCAGGAAUGAUGCAAUCUACUUACACAGGGCCACAGUCUCCUAGAUAUCCACCUAACCAUCCACUAAGUGGAUCAAAACACCUCUGUUCUAUUUGUGGGGAUAGAGCUUCAGGGAAGCAUUAUGGUGUAUACAGUUGUGAAGGCUGUAAGGGCUUCUUCAAAAGAACUGUGCGGAAAGACCUUUCAUAUGCUUGCAGAGAAGAUAGAAAUUGCAUCAUUGAUAAAAGACAGAGAAAUCGUUGCCAAUAUUGUCGAUAUCAAAAAUGUCUAGCCAUGGGAAUGAAACGAGAAGCUGUGCAAGAAGAAAGGCAAAGAACAAAAGAAAGAAAUGAAAAUGAAGUGGAAAGUACAAGCAGUACUCAAAACGAUAUGUCUAUAGAGCGUAUUUUACAAGCCGAGCUAAAAGUUGAACCUAAAACUGAAACUCUUGAAGCCAGUUGGUUUGUGAAGCAAGAAUGUCCCAUGUCGCCCCAAAAAGAUCCUGUGAUCAACAUAUGCCAGGCUGCUGAUAGGCAGUUAUACCAACUUGUAGAAUGGGCUAAGCACAUCCCGCAUUUUACAGAGCUUCCAAUUGAAGACCAGAUGAUUUUGUUAAAAGCUGGUUGGAAUGAGUUAUUAAUUGCAGCUUUCUCUCAUCGAUCUAUUGCUGUGAAAGAUGGUAUUGUUCUUGUCACUGGACUUAUAGUUCAUAGAAAUAGUGCACAUAGUGCUGGAGUAGGAACAAUAUUUGAUCGUGUUCUUACAGAGUUAGUUGCUAAGAUGCGUGAAAUGAAGAUGGAUAAAACAGAAUUGGGUUGUCUCAGAUCAAUUGUUCUCUUCAAUCCAGAAGUUAAAGGCCUGAAAUGUGCACAACAGAUUGAAAAUUUGAGAGAAAAAGUGUAUGCAUCAUUGGAAGAUUACUGUAAGCAAACAUAUCCAGAUCAACCUGGACGUUUUGCUAAGCUAUUACUUCGCUUGCCUGCCUUACGGAGCAUUGGACUUAAGUGUUUGGAGCAUUUGUUCUUUUUCAAACUUAUUGGAGACACUCCUAUUGAUAAUUUCCUAAUGUCUAUGCUAGAGACUCCUGUUGAACCAUGAUUGUGCUGUUUAUUGGGUGCAGCUUUUUAAUAAGUUAAUGAUAUUUUGGUGGCUUAUGUGUUCUCAAGUCUAAAUCAAAACCAUUGUAAUGAGAGAAGUUUAGCAUAAAUCAUGUUUGUAAAGUAUUAAUUUAUAGGGAUAUUUUUUUUUUUUUUUGAAUCUUUAACUGAAACACUUACAGAUAGAUCCAUUUUUAUAUCCUUAUAUAUUUGUUUUCAGUUUAAGUAUUAGAUAGUUGGGUCCUUUUCAAUCAAAAAAAGGGUGGAUUUACUAGUUAUGAAUUAUUUUUACAUUUAAAAUGUUUAAUUAAAAGCAUCUGUGUAGGUUUUUUAUGAUUUUUAUUAGAAUGGCUUGCGUAUAACGCAUUAAAAUUCUAAAAAGUUAUCAACCUUAUGAAUAUUAGAAGGUGAUGGAUAGUGUCAGCUCUAAAAUGUGUUAGAUAAUCAUUGAUAUAACUAUCAUUAUAAUAUAAAUAAAUAUUUCUUCUAACAGAAUAAAUCAAAACUAAAAGACUUCUAUUAUGUAAAGUUAAGCAAAUAUAUCAAUGAAUCUUUCACAUUUAUGAUAGCUAUCAAAAGUAAGAGCUUGCAUAUUUUUAUCAAAAUACUUAAUGAUUUUUUUAAAAAGCUGAUAUAUGAAUACUUGAAUUCUCCAAUUUUAUGAAUAUUUGCAUAAUCAAAAUAUGUAUUAUACAUUUUGAUUUAAAGAUUGUGAAUGGACUAUUAUUCUCUGUAUUGGUUUCAGUUCUAAAUGGGAUGAAAUGUUCAUGAAUCGUUCGAGCUACGAUUGAACUUAUGCAUCGAUUUUUUCUCAAAAUUGACAGAAGGUUGCUCUAUUUAGAAAAAUUCAUAAUUUAUACAAUUUUUAUGUCAUAGAUUUGUGUUUCUCUAUAAGGCUCAGAAUCUCAUAUUAUUUAUUUUUCUUAUUGCACCAAUUUUGUGUUUGAUAAUUAUCAUUUGUGUAUUUUUAAUAUCAUCUAUGACAUUUUUUAAUUUUUUGUUUGUUAUCAGUCUAUAAGGCAUUUGACAUUUUUGUGCUCCUAAUACAAUCAAUGACUAAAUCAUUAUUUGUCGCAUGUCAUUUACAAAAGUAGUGAUACAAGUGAUAGCAGUUUGAAAUAUAAGUAAAAUUUUGCUAGUAAGGAUUUUGAAGUCUUGGUGGAAUUAAAAAUUUUAUAUCUUCUUCUAUUCUAGUGAUUGUGCUUGUUUUUUUCAUCUGCAGUGUUUUUAUAUGGUAAGAAAUUAAAUCCCUGGUUAAUUAGUUCAUAUAAAGUGAGAAAGGAAAAACAAUUAAUAAAAGGAAAUUACAUAAAACUAACCUGUCAUUAAAAAAAAAUCUUCAUUAUUUCAUACUUUUAUAGCCCAUCAUAUCUUCUACCUUCAGCUACCUAAAAAAUAAUUGAAAUUUAAAAAGAAUACUUAUAAUUAUUAUUACAAAAUAUAGUAUAUAUAUAUAUAUCAACUUAAAAUAGCACUAAUGUCAUGUUAGUUAAUUUUGCAUAUUCUUACCAUGAUUUUCUUAACAGACUAUUAAUGAGAUAAGUUAAUGGCUGUUACAAAUGAAUUUGCCUCAAAUACUGAAUAAAUUUAAUUUCACCAUAUUUUAAAAUGAAUUUAAAAUCAAAUGCGUUCAGUAUGAUAUUUAUUGAAAAAGAAGAAAAGUGUUCCCUGAAUACACCUGUUAUACAGAUUUUUUUUUCAUACUUCAUUUUCCACACUUGAUGUUAGUUUCAUUUAUGAUUUCAUGUGCGUAUUUAUGAAUACUAGUCAUAUAUGAUGCAUUUUGAGUUUAAAAUAGGGAAGUUUAAAAAAAGAAAAAAAUCUUAAGCAUUGAAUUAUAUACAAAUGCGCUAGAUUGUAAGAGUAGGUUAAUAAUUAUAAAUUCAGUGUAAAGCAUGCCCUAAAUAUAUCAAAUUAACUAUUGUGAAAAAAAAAUUCUGCUCUCUUAAAAAAAAAGACACUCAUAUCAUCUAUUUACAUAACUUCAAAGUUUAGUCUGCAGCAUUAAAUCAAGUAUUUUGUUCGGUGCAUUUAUUGUUCGCUGGUUUUGAUAAUGUUGUGGCAUUAGCCUCUGACAAAUAAUCAUUUAAUGCUGAAACCAAAACUGCAUUUAUUAGUGCAACCUGGUAUAUUUCUCUAAAGAAAUUUUUUAUGCAAUAAAAGUAAAAAUGUUGAAAGUUUUCUAUUAAACCCCAUGAGGUCUCAAAACUAAGUCAGAAAUAGAUCAAUAAUAAUGUGAGGAAUUUUUUUAACUUAUUGACUAUAUUAACAAAAAGUACUAAGACCUUCAUAGUAAUUAUGCUCUUUUUAAUUAAAAAUUUUAUCAAGCUAUAGUUUUUCAUUCAAUACAUUUGAAAUACACAUGUUUCAAAAUGAAAAGAAACUACACUUAUUUAUACAAAUUCAUUCAAUUAAAAUAUUGGUCACAUUUGACUUUCAAAAUUAAUUAACAAUAUUUUUUUCAAUACAGGGAUGCAACAAUGAAAGAUUAAUACAUUAUAAAGAAAAUCAAAAAGUAGAGGUGCUUGCUACUAAGAUACAAUCAUGUAAUCUGUAAAUUAUUACAUGAAACUUUCAUGCAAUAAUUUACAGAUUACCCAAGCAGUCCCAAAGCUGAAUGUUUAAAAUUAUGUACAUCAGAUGUGUGUAGCAUGAUUAAUUAUUUUGUGAGCACUUAAUUUAUCUAUUUGUAAUCUUUGAUCUUAGUUCGAAAAUGAAUAUACAUGCAUGCAUAUGUACAUGUAUCUUACAAUUUUUUGCCAAAAACCCAACAGUGGAGAAUUUCAAUACACUGCCAGAUUUGCAUUCAAUAGUAAUUCUGAGUGUACUCUUUUAUGUUACAUUUUUAUACUAUUUAAGCUGUUAUUCUUGAACUUUUCGCUACAUUUACAACUGUUUAUGUCUGUGAAAUGUAUCUUUUAAACAUUGAUGUAGUAUUUUUUAUCAGUCAUAAGACAGUUUUUAAAGUGUAAUCAUCUUUCUAUCAAUUUUUUAGAAAGAAAGCUAUUUUUAUUUUUAAAACUUUACUUGAACUUAAUUUUAUUAAAAGUAAUAAUUAUUAACAGUAGCACAAUAAUAAUUAUUGGUACUGCUCUUCUCUAUAGUGGUUGAAGUUAAAGCAGGAUGUGAAUAUAACUUUUAAGUUUUUAAAAUCAAGUAACACAACACUUUCUUACAAGUAUACUAAGUGUAGUUCAAUUCAAUAUCAACAUUAUUGAAACAGCAUGAUUGUAUGCAUCCAUCUUAAGCCACUUACUGCCAUUGUUAUUUUGUGGCACAGUAUCAAAAAUAAUUUAUGCAUACUCUUUUCCCUUUUUAAGUACAAAACUUGAUGGACUAUUUAACAAUAUUAGUGCUUUACAAAACCUAAAGAAAUUCCCUAUGAGUGUUUGUACUAUUAACACAUUGUUUUCAAACAGUGACGGCAAAAAAUAAUAAAAAAAAAAACUAAGAUUUAUGAUAAGAAAACAUGAAAUUUCAUAGUAACAGGAAACAUUUUUGAAGAAAAUUAAAAUGGGCUAAUGAAGUGUAUGUUAAAAGUUUGACUUUUGGUGUGAAGUAGUUGCAUUUAAUUGCUUUUAAAGCUAAUUACUUGCCUCACACACGUUGCUAUAAUGUGAGUAUGGUCACUCUUUUUGACCAAGAAAUGUUAUUACCUUAAAUGUUUAUUAUUAUCAGCUGAAAGUGUGAACACAAUUGUAUAUAUGACUUGUAAGGAUUCCACAAAUGCAUAUAAUUUCUUUGAACACCUGAAAUGAAUGUACCUGAAAAUUGCUUGUAUAGCAAAAUGUGUAUAUUGAAUUUUGUUAUGGCAUUCCUUUUAAAUUUGACUUUCAUUUUUUAUUUCAAGUGUUUCAAAUGAAUUAUUUAAGCAUGUAAUUGUAACAGAACACUAUACCCCAAGUCUUUGGGAAGGUAGAUAAAUAAAUUAUAAAGCUUUGACAUAUUGUGUUUUUGUAAUAAUGUGGAUUUAUCUGACAUGAAAAUUCUAUUGUUAUGUAUUUAACCUUAACCAAAAAAGUUGCUGCAGUGACAGUUUGUGAUAUAUAGUGCAGAUUACGACUAGAGUAUUUUUAAUCGUCAUGAGAUAUAUUCUUAAGUGAUGAUUAUUAAUGGUUAAAUAGGAAAAGCUUUUUAAAUUUCAUUGUUUAUAUUUGUUAAAAUUUUAUUUUAUGAAUUGAAAAUUUCAUGAGUGUAUGGAGUUACCAAAAUUAGAAACAUACUGAUAAAUUUUACAGUUAAACUGUUACAAGUGAAAGUUGUUACAUAAUUUAUUUAAUCAAAACUGAAUGUACAUUCUAACAAAGGAGGUGUAAUUUUACUUGAAGAAAUUGCAUAGUUUUUAGUAAACGUCCUAUUCAAAAAAUCUAUUCUAAAAAUUAAAAAAAAAAAAGAAAGAAAAACAAUUCAAAUAUGUACAUAUAAAAUAUUUUUUUCUGAAAGUUAAAUAUUCACAUGCAUUUUAGUUUUAUAUUUACUUUUUUUUUAACAUCCUAACUAAUUUCAUGAGUGAGUAUGUAACUUUAUUUUAAAUUUGAUAAAAAUAAUUAUAUAUUCCCAUCUUAAGCCAUCUGAUAAAAUUUUCAUUUGUAAAGAUGAACCUUGAAGGUGCUAUUUUUAUAUCAUUGAUUUCGCUAUUGUUUAAUAAUCAAUAGAUGUAUGAUGAAUUUAGAAAUAAGCAGUGUUUAUGCUUUUGAGUUUUGAAGAUGUGCCUUAAUUUUAUAUUUCAUAAUCUGUCGCUGCAUUUCAUAGGUUUUAAUUUAGCAUUAUGUUUAAAAUGAUUAAUAGUAGUUUCAGAAUGACUUUUUUUUAUAUGCUUAUUACUGCAAUAUACUAGAUAGAACUAAUUUAUUUAUUUGUCCAUGCAUAGGACCAUUACUUUUUUUUUUUUUUUUUUUUUGAAAAAAAUUAUACUGUAUUUUGUAUUUAUAUAUGAAGGAUAUGUUUUACUGUGCAAUCAGAAUAUGUAUGUAUAGUUGGAUAUUCAAAAGAUAUUUGAUAUGCGAUGUUUUGAAGAGUAUUUUCAUAUACAAAAGGACAUGUUUAUAGUUUGUUAUUGGAUAGAAUUUAGAGUUUUACUGUUUUGAGCAUUAUUUUCUUUUGAUCUGCUAGAUCAUUUAUACCAAUUUGACAGCCUAGUAUUUUUCAUUUGUGUUCGAGUGUAAUCAAUGCUAUUGCUUUAUAUUAAAAAUAGUUAGUUUAUUUAUUAAAAUUAUCAUUUGAAAAUUCAUUAUAUAAUUUUAAAUUGUGAUUCUGUUUAUACUGACCUUUUCCCCCAGCUAUAACACAGCUCAAAAACUUUUCCUGCUCCUUUAAUUUUCCUUAAACCUCUACAUGGGCGGAAAAAGUGUCCAGAAUUAGACUUUUUCUUUUUUUUUUUCGCUAUGAAAUUUUACAUUUAGGUUUGUCAGCCACUCAUCGAUUUCACUGUUUAUUCAAGCUUUUUUACUAAGCAUAAUCUACAGCUAAAGUUCGUACUUUCUUGAACAAUGUGGUUUUCCCAAUUUUCCUAAGCAAGAAGAGGAAUUUUCUCGCUGCCAUCCAUGUCGCUUGCAUUCAAGUGCAGAUCUUUCGAAAGUAAUUUCAUGUAAAAGUAUGGGAAUUUUUCCUUU